CUGAAUCUGGUUUGGCAAGAUUUGUGGAAAAGGCGAGCGAGCAGGAAGAGACCAUCCCUGAAAGGCGGAAAAGAACUCAAGAGUUGUUCACAGCUGUUUCACAGCCUAGGCUAAGAUGCUGUUGUGAAUUGAUCGAUACUUUCCUGUUGGUUUGUUUGGGGAAAUUACUCUUUCAGCACUAGGUGGUGCAUUUGCUGUGGUUGUUUUUUAAGGAUGAACUGGUCGGGACUGGAAACCCUGUUGAGCGGAGUCAACAAGUACUCCACCGCCUUUGGGAAGAUUUGGCUGUCCAUGGUGUUUGUCUUCCGCGUGCUGGUGUUUGUGGUGGCAGCGCAGAGAGUUUGGGGCGACGACAGCAAAGACUUUGUGUGCAAUACGCGACAGCCGGGAUGCACCAACAUCUGCUACGACCACAUCUUCCCCAUCUCCCACAUCCGUCUGUGGGCACUGCAACUGAUAUUUAUCACCUGCCCGUCUCUACUGGUGAUGGCUCACGUCAAACUCCGAGAAGAGAAGGACAAGAAGUACGUGGAGUCGCACCAAGGCUCUCACCUGUACGCAAACCCCGGGAAGAAGAGAGGAGGCCUGUGGUGGACUUAUCUCCUAAGCUUGGUCUUCAAAGCCGGAUUCGACAUGUCCUUCCUCUACAUUCUCUAUCGGAUCUACCACGGAUACGACCUGCCCAGAUUAUCCAAGUGUUCACUGGAUCCGUGCCCAAACACGGUGGACUGCUUCAUCAGCCGGCCGACGGAGAAGAAGAUCUUCAUGAUCUUCAUGGUCACCUCCAGUGCUCUGUGCAUCUUCAUGUGCAUUUGCGAGAUGUUCUAUCUGGUCGGCAAGCGCUUGGUCAAAAGAUUCAAGGUCCGACACGAGAACCAGAGGAUCGUGUUUGCCGAUCAGCACGAGCUCACCAACAUGGCCCCGCCCAGGUCGCGGUACAAAAAGACUGAGCGCACGCUGUCUGACGCAAACCAAAGCAAAACUAUGAGGAGGGAGGUGGGUGAGAUCACAACGCUUUGAUUUUUUUUGUCCCCUGACAAAUGUCAACCGUUGGAUAUACUACGUCUGCACGUACGUAUCUAUAUCUAUACACCACGUUGACCGACUGACUGAAAUGCAAAUGCUGGAGAUCCUACCUUGGCUGAAGGUGGACAACUACGGGUACAGAAAAUACCGCUCGCUCGCUCGGUCACUGAACUGUGAUGUGAAAUCUCAAUAUGUUGCUUGCCAACAUCUUUGGUGAGCCCUUGCUGUUGAACACAAAUCUCUUCCCAUAGAUGAGUCCAGAGGUAUUUGAACAGUGAGUGAUUUUGCCUCUAUAAAUCAUCAAUUCAUUGAAGUUAUUCCAAAGAAAUAGUUCAUUUAACAUUUGCAGUGAUUUUUUUCAAACAUUUGUAUCCACGUAUGGCAAAUCAUGGUUAUGUGUGUAGGAAUCAAUCAUUCAACCAAUCAACCAAUCAAUCAAUCAAUCAAUCAAUCAAUCAAUCAAUCAUAAUUGUUCAACUACCUGUGGACCUCUGGUAAGAAACUUGCUUUACAUCAAAUGUACAAUGUUUAUAAGAUAUACUCAAAAAGUAAUAUUGAUAAUGAGUGAACUGUUCAGAAGCAGCUCCAAAGGUCCUUCCCUCAGGUCAUGCUAAUUGGAAGAGGGAAUUUUCAAAGUGAAUAUUCACACUAGAGCAGGGGUCACACACACACACACCCAAACCCACGCACACACACACACACACACACACACACACACACACACACACCUCGAUAAAAAAAGACAUUCCCAGAAGCCAGGCGGGCCUAUCUAGUGCUGCCCCUUAAUGCUUCAUGCUGGAUAAGGUCCAUUUUUUUGUUUCGACGGGGAUCAAUCGACUCAAUGUCCUCGAUUUCAAGGUGAGCUCUUGAAUUGCAGCCCCAGCAGGAGGAGAAGACACCACGUGAAGGUGCCAGAUCACACUAACUCUUGCUAGUUUUGGAAUACACACAUCCUGCCUGCGUGGUCUCAAAGGAUGUGCAUUGGAGUCAGAGCCUAUCAAAUGAAAGCCAAAAGGCUCUUGAAUCACUUGCGUGUGAAUGCUGAGAGGCACUUCCUCUACAUUUGGACUGAGAAAAAGAAUAGAUGCUGCAUCCGGCAAAUAUUUCCACUGAGAAAUGACAAGGGUUUUGCUUUUGAUUUGAUUUGUGCCAUCUUUUCGCUCUUUUCCGCCGUGACGCAAAUGGGAAAUAAUGCUCGACUACGUCCUAUGACCUGGUUCUUGGAACAAUCUGACUGUUCAGACUUUGAUGUACUUGUUUGAUUGUUUGCCAAAGGCCCGCCGCCGCCGCAGCCGCAUGUUUCCGAAUGCAUUUUCGUUCGAAUGCUGUCGCCACCUUAUCGUUGCUGACAUGUUUUAGACGGAGCAUAUUUUGUGCUUAUUUAUCAGACCUGCAUAUUACUUGGCUCCAAAUGCAACAUUUGGGGAUGCCGUGUGUGUGAUGUCAUUCAUUCGAUACAAUCCUUAACUUUUACGGGUCCUCUAUGGAUGAAGCUCUGCUGGAUGUGAGUGUUUCGAAAGGUUUUUCUUGUUUUGAUUAAAAGUACCGUAUGUGACAAAACAAGAAGAGCAGUGUGUUUGUAGACCUAGUGAAAACAAGAAAUAGAUGAAUGCAUAGUAUUCUAGGAGCAGACAAUAAGGUCAUAAAUGGAACGAGCCAGUGCCAUAUCGAUCGAUCGAUCGAUGUACGUACGUACGUAUAUGAUCAUCAUAAGAUUGCUAAAACAACAAAUGUUUGGGUGGCCUAUUAGAGCAGAAUACACAGGAGGUAUUUGCAGGUGUAGUACCACUCAUCAUUAUGUAACCUAUCUUCCUACUGGCUGCCAGUUUUCCACAGGGGGUGUGCAUGCGCAGGCGCGCGCGUGUGUGUGUGUGUGUGUGUGUGUGUCUUGGGCGACACACACACACACACGUUCCACACAAAUCAGCAGCGCUUGCUGCGCUAGCCCACAUUGCUCCUUUGUGUGAGCUGCAGCCCAGGUUUAAAAUAGCUCUUUUACCAUGAUAUUUGGGAGGCUGUUAUAUCAUCACCUCUUCCUGGUACCCUCUUCCACUUUCUCACCACUCACGUCAAUCUCCUACGUCAUAUGCCCAUUUUCUCUCUCCUUUGAUAUUGGACUGUAAAUGAAAUGGUAACAUUUGUUUUCAUUGCAAGCAAUAUGUUUGUGCAGUCUUUGCUUGUUGCUGAAUUCAAAGAAGCUGUCUGUACAUAUGUGGCAUAGGUACAUGCUGGUAAAUAUUCCUCAUAACUGCUGCUGACGAUUAAAACAAAGUCGAAAAAUA